AAUCUGUGAUUUAUACACUUUAUUACAAUUUCUAUGGUCUUUUAAUACAAUUUAUUUGCUCUUGUUUAAUUUUGCACUGCAUAGGUUUUGCAUUUGUAAUUUUAAAAUAAAUACAUUAUAAGCGAACUUGCAUCUUCUUAUAUCAAUCAGAAUCAAAUCUAUUAUUCCAGCUGUUCGCAUCAAUUAACUAAAAUAUUAUAGUAUAUGAAAAGUUCAAGUCAAGUUCAUCAAUAACUAAGUUUAGAAUGGCUGUCAAUAAAUUUAUGCACCCACGAAACAUAUACAGGCAUCCACCUGAUUUUGUGAUAUUAGCUAAAAAAUAUGCAGAGUUUGCCUCGAUUGCGAAAAUGGAUAUAACUGGCAGAGUUAGUAUUGAUUUCAAGGAUCCCCAUAGCCUAAGAGUUCUAACCAAAUGUUUGUUAAAGUCGGAUUUUAAUCUUGAUGUAGACAUCCCAGAAGAUAGGUUAGUUCCAACUUUACCACUUCGACUCAAUUAUAUACUGUGGGUGGAAGAUAUUCUAAAAGCAAUAAAUAAUGGUAGUGAAGUUUGUGGUUUGGAUAUUGGAACAGGUGCAUGCGCUGUGUAUCCUCUGCUAGCUGCUGCUAAGAACAAGUGGCAUAUGAUUGGAACAGAAACUGAUGAUGCCAGUCUUCUAAAGGCUCAACAAAAUGUCCAAAAGAACAACUUACAAGAAAUUAUAGCAGUGAAAAAGAACCCAACAUCGACAGUGAUUGAAUAUGUACUGUCUGAAGAACAAGACAAAAUUUAUCAUUUCACCAUGUGCAACCCUCCAUUCUAUAGCAGUUUCCAAGAGCUGUGGGAAUCAAGAAGCCCUGCAAGGGUACCACCCAAAAAUGGAUUUACCGGUUCUCCUCAAGAGCUUAUCACUGAAGGUGGUGAAUUAGAAUUUUGUAAAAAGUUUAUUGAUGAAAGUAAAAAUCACAAAAAUAGAGUUCUAGUAUAUACAACAAUGGUUGGUCAUAAAUACAAUUUGAAGGAAUUAGUGGAGUAUUUAAAAUCUGAAGGAAUAAAAAAUACUCAUACAGAGUUCUGCCAGGGUCGUGUGACACGUUGGGGUCUUGCUUGGACAUAUCAAGACUAUGAUAUUUACACCUUAGUGCCACCAAGGGAUCAACCACGCAAAAAAAAACUCCCGAUAGCUUUUUUACUGCCUCAAAUACCUAACAGCUCCUACGAUGUGGAGACUACAACAAAUAAACUUAAAGCAAUCAUGAAUGCUUUACAUAUAAACUACAAGGUGAUCAAUAAGCGAGGUAACAAUAUACUACUAGACAUUGUAGCGCCUACAAACACUUGGUCCAAUCAGAGACGUAAAAGGAGGCUCAUGAAGAGAUUAGUUACAGAUGAUCCAAAGAGACCGAAAAUGAAAGAUGUUACUGAAUCAACUAGUAAGUUAUCAACUACACCUGACAGCCAAAGCAUACCUAAUACUAAGUCUGAUGAAGUAUCUGAAGAAUUAAGUAGUAUAAAUGACACUAAUACUGAUACUGAACCUAACACCAAUCCUGUGGUACAUGCGACAUUGAAAAUUGUAAAGAAAGAUUGUGAUAUAAUAAUGGAAAUGGAAUUUUUGAGUGGAACUGGUGGCAAAGAAGGUCUACAUCAAAUAGUGCAGUAUAUUAAAAAUAAUUGGAAAUGA